GGUGAGCUUAUUAGCGAUCCUGAUUUUUCUCUUUUUCAUUUCUGUACAUUUUGUACAAUGAGGAUGGAUCACUUGUGCAGACUGUAACUGAGAAAGAAGAAGCAUAAGUCUGUUGAGGAAAGAUCACAAAGGCCCAGGAAACCCAGGCAGAAACGUUUAUACUUGGGAAACCAGGGAGCCACUGUGAUUUCUCUUACAGGAAAAUGGCUUGUUAAACCUUCUAUUGGGGAGUAAGUGGAUUAGAAUUGGCAGAGAGGAGCUGCUUCAGAGGUGACGCAGUAAUUAAGGGGAGAGGUGAGGUGGGGUGGGGCUCAGAUAUUGGCAGAAAAGGAAAGGAAGUUUCAAAACCUGAAAGCCAUUUCAAAGGCAGAAUUACCAGGACUUAGAUAUAUGGAAUAAAGGAGAGGAAAGAAUCAGAGAUAACUAAGGGUUUUCAAGUCCAAAACAUCUGAAGAAUGUUUUCUCUCUUACAUCCAACCUUUAACCUAUUCUGAAAAUUAUCCUAAUUAACUGAAGUCAUAUAUAUAUUUGUUUGUUUGUUUGUUUCAGAGUUAGCCAGCCCAUUCCAGGGCUUUAGGAGAAAGUCAACACACUUCCCCGCCGGAAUCGAUCCCAGUUAAUUCCAGAAGGAAGGGAAGACCUAUGAUGCCCCUGGAGAGUUGGUACCUAUGACGUCCCAGGAGGCGUCCUUGCUCACUUCCUGGGGGCCCCGCAGGCAGUGAAGGGCAGUGGGUCCAGUUCCCCCGUGCGCUGGACGCCUGUGGUCCUCCUCGUAUGCACUCCAGCACCCCCAUCAGCUCCCUCUUCUCCUUCACCAGCCCAGCAGUGAAGAGACUGCUUGGCUGGAAGCAAGGAGAUGAAGAGGAAAAGUGGGCGGAGAAGGCGGUGGACUCUCUAGUGAAGAAGUUAAAGAAGAAGAAAGGAGCCAUGGAUGAGCUGGAGAGGGCCCUCAGCUGCCCGGGGCAGCCCAGCAAGUGCGUGACCAUUCCCCGCUCCCUGGACGGGCGGCUGCAGGUGUCCCACCGCAAGGGUUUGCCCCACGUAAUUUACUGCCGGGUGUGGCGUUGGCCCGACCUCCAGUCUCACCACGAGCUGAAGCCGCUGGAGUGCUGUGAGUUCCCUUUUGGCUCCAAGCAGAAGGAGGUGUGCAUUAACCCCUACCACUACCGCCGGGUGGAGACGCCAGUGCUGCCUCCUGUCCUGGUGCCAAGACACAGCGAGUACAACCCCCAGCUGAGCCUGCUGGCCAAGUUCCGCAGCGCGUCCCUGCACAGCGAGCCGCCCAUGCCGCACAACGCCACCUACCCCGAGUCUUUCCAGCAGCCUCCGUGUGCCGCCUUCCCGCCCUCGCCCGGGCCCGCCUUCUCGCAGUCCCCCUGCACCGCCGGCUACCCCCACUCCCCGGGGAGCCCUUCCGAGCCCGAGAGCCCCUACCAGCACUCAGAUUUCCGGCCAGUUUGCUACGAGGAGCCGCAGCACUGGUGCUCCGUCGCCUACUAUGAACUGAACAACCGUGUGGGGGAGACGUUCCAGGCCUCCUCCCGAAGCGUGCUUAUCGACGGAUUCACAGACCCUUCAAACAACAGGAACAGAUUCUGUCUUGGACUUCUUUCUAAUGUGAACAGAAACUCAACGAUAGAAAACACCAGGAGACACAUAGGAAAGGGCGUGCAUUUAUACUACGUCGGGGGCGAGGUCUAUGCCGAGUGCGUGAGUGACAGCAGCAUCUUUGUGCAGAGCCGGAACUGCAACUACCAGCACGGCUUCCACCCGGCCACUGUCUGCAAGAUCCCCAGCGGCUGCAGCCUCAAGAUCUUCAACAACCAGCUGUUUGCUCAGCUGCUCGCUCAGUCUGUCCACCACGGAUUUGAAGUCGUCUACGAGCUGACUAAGAUGUGCACUAUCCGGAUGAGUUUUGUCAAGGGUUGGGGAGCCGAGUACCAUCGCCAGGAUGUCACGAGCACCCCCUGCUGGAUUGAGAUCCACCUUCAUGGACCACUGCAGUGGUUGGACAAAGUUCUGACUCAAAUGGGCUCUCCCCACAACCCGAUUUCUUCAGUGUCUUAACGGUCCUGUCUUAAUCCACAUUUCUAUAGAACAGAUGCUGUUGCAGGCAGUGGCUUAUAUCAUUUCAGAUUUGCAACUAACUGAAGUUUCUGAUUACAGGUGUAAAUACAUAUAAUAUGUACUACUCCUAUUUUGUAUCACCAUGUGUUUCGUGCUUUCUGGUUAACUUGGUGCCAGUCCGAUGCGAUUUCAAAAGCAGGUUUGUCCCGCCUAUGUUCUAGUAAGAAGCAGCUUCUUUUCUGGGAGAAAACAAAUGAGAGGCAACUGCGUGGAUAGUAUUUGAAGGGUGUUAGCAGAAUAAAGGCAGCUUUCAGCAGCCGUUUCAUAUAAGGCAUGUUGUGUGGCUAGUCCAGAAAAAAAACAGUAAAAUUGUUCAUGUUGCAGAAAUCAGGAACUUAGCAGCACUAGAGCAAAUAACACUUGAAAACAAAACAAAGCCCUGAGACCCAUAUAAUUUAAAUAACCUCACUUUUAGUGCUACUGGCAAAAAAAAAAAAAAAAAAAAAUCAAGCUUGUAAAAUCAGUUAUGUAAGUCACAUGAACUUUCAUUUCUGAAGUUGAAACACCUGUAACUGGACUCUCGUGCUGAUGUGAAUGGUACAUUCUGAACAGAUUUCAACUGUGAUUGGAAAAGAGAAACUGUGAAGCUGAGGAUCGUGCUGCCUUGUCAUCUACCACUGCAAAAAAAAAAGUCUAAUAUGGGAAGAUAAAUAUGAAAAUAGCAUGAAAUGAGCCAUGUUCCCAAAUUGCAAAAUAAGAGCAGAACGUAGUCCACAAAUCACCCACGGAGGUGCCUGCUUUCCACGUGGGAGAUCAGGUUCCUGUGUCCCUGGUGGUUCAUGUCAGGCAGCUCUGCAGCCUUCGGAGUCUGCAGCCGUGUGUGUGAGUCUCGUGUGCAGGAGGAGCAGGUGAAGUACGAGCACUGGACAGAAGCACCAGAUGUUUACUGAUACCACCCCACAGUCCCACGUUAAGUAUCUAGGUGAGGGCACUCUUUUUGCCACACUUUCCUCACAUAUUGGCAAAUAUUAUUUACAGAUUACCAAAAUCAUGUGAUGAAGCCUUUGAGAAAAUCUAGACACACUGCUAGCAUCAAAUUUAUGAGUUAUCCAAUGUAAUGUCUCUAUUGAUUAAAUCACCUGCUGACCACAUCUGGUAGCCUGUUGUAAAGCUACAGCCUCAAACCUGGAAAUAACUUCCCAAAUAAAAUAAUAAUUUCAUAAUCCUUAUCAUUUCUGGGGAACAGUGGUACUGAGUAACAGGACUUUGAGUGAAUAUGUACACAAAAUCCAAAACCUGUUCUUAUUUACCCUUGGAUGAUAAAGAGAGAAUUCCCCAAAUUUCUAGGUACUUUCCACCCACCAAAAACUGCAUUGCUUGGAAAAAUAUUUCACAUCCUCUUAAAAAUGUAUAAUUUAAGAAGGUAAUUAUGCUUGUAACAGACGGUACUUCAGUGAUCCAAGAGGUUUCUUCAUUUAUACAAUUCUGUCUCAUCUCUUUCUAGCAUUAGUGCACAUAGUAGUCGUUUCUCGUUAAAUUGUAUUCAAGGUAGGAAUGAUCGUGUGAAAAAGAUGUGUGAGUGAGCUGGUACUGUCACAUCCUGUAAUGACUAGUGUUAUCUAAUAGAAGCUUUCUAUAUACAAUAGAAAAUAUUACAUUUUACACUAAAGCUAGGUGGUCCAUUUAGCAUUUAGAAACCCCCCAUGGUGUACUGGUUUAUCAACUAUGUGUUGUGCACUUGUAUGUACCGGGCACAGUGUUCGGUACUGUGGAAUCAAACGCAAACGAGACCGUCCCAGCCCUCUGGAGCUGAGAGUCUAGUAGUAAAUCUGUAGAACCAACUUCAUGUUUUUGAACUUUUAAAACAAAACAAAACAGGCGAUUUUUCUUUUGCUUGAAAAAAAUGGAAUUGAUUUCUUAAUCAGCUCUAUUUCGAAACAGAUUUCCCUUCUCUUCUGAGCAGUCAGGUAAUGGAUGAAGACUUCCUUGGAAAAAUGCUGCUUUUCUUCUGUGUCUCAAGGCUGGGUUUUUUUUUUUGCUUUUUGUCUCCUUUUGCUUCUUUGUUUACCAGUAAUUCCCCAUCUCCCCUCUUCUUGGAAAAGGCGUUAAUAUGGUGAAGUCUUCCUCAUAUGAGUACUGUUGCAUGAAAGCGCAUUAGAUACACUGAUUUUUUGCUCCAGAGAUCAAACAGGGCUUUUUCAAUCUCUCCAUAAGUGGUCAAACUCAUCCUUUGGUAAUCUUAUACCUUUACAGAAUUAAUCGGUAAUGGUUGCUUAUAAACUACAUUAAAAAAAAAACACUUUGGAUUUUUCAUGCAGCUUUGAGAAACUAGGACAGAACAUCCCAGUGAACCUGAAUUGUUUCUCGAAAAAUAAAUGGUUAAAGUGGUACAUGUGCGCCAUCACUAGCCCAGUCUCAGCAGAAGCCUUUAUUAGGGGACAUGAAAUUCAGAGAAUUUAGAAUUGAUGAGAAGUUAACCCUUCAGUCAUUGUAACGUUUUCACGUUUUAACCAGACGUUGGAAUUUUUUACUGGCAAGGAUUGUCAAAAAUUGUAAUGCAGUAUUUGAGUUCAGGCUUCUGUAUGUGCUCAUUUAGCAUUCACUCCCUGAGGAAAACAAUCUAAAAAAAUGUCAUAGCAUUUCUUCUGUAGGAUAACUGGCAACGUGGAUGCGCUAAGCUGUUAACUGCAUCAGCAGUGCCAAACAUGUUUCAGGUUGCCACGGACAAGGGUCAUGCAAUAGAGAAUAAUAACCUGGCCUGCUCACAAGACCCAGAACAUUGUGUUGUUCAAGCCUGUUUUUUUUUGUUGUUAUUUUUCCUGUUAAAAAACUGAGAUGUGAAAAGUUUGUUUUAGUCAUUAGAUGAUAUUUUAAUACCUGCCAGUGCUUUGGAACUGUAAAGAUGUCACUUUCCAAUACAUUUCCUUUAUGUUUGUUUGUUUGUUUUUUUGUUUUUUAACAGUAUAAGUCAGAAAAAGUUGGACAACAAACUAGCAUUUAGAAUCUCCUUUUCUUUGUUUUCUAAGGAACUGAAUACCCCAUCACAGCAACAAAAGCAUUUUAUAAAUACCACUUGCUAGACUUUAAGCACCGGCUUAACUCUAUGUCCCAAAUAUUCGGUGUAUAUAGUCAACAAAUAAAGCAAAAUAUAACACACAUUCCAGAUUUUGUCUUUUCCUGUUAUGGAUUUAACAGCUGAGCUGUAUGACAAGAUUAGGCGAUCCUGGCAUAUGUUAAGUUCAAAUUAAUGUAAAACAAACAAAAAAGAAACUUUCUAUAUAAGUAAUGUUUUUGUUUACUAUAGCUAGGCUUCAGUUAUCCUUCAAAUGCACACUUACACUGUUAUCUGAUUGUUUAUAAUAAAGAAUGCUAUACCUAUACA